AAUGACUACCGAAUUGCCCUAGAUGGGCCAAUUUGCCAAAAUGUUGAAGUAUCGCUUUAAGGCCCCCUUUCUGAGUGGGCUCGUACCCUACGGGUGUGAUCAUGAGGAAAAGAGCGGGAAAUUUAGUAAAAAGUGCGUGAGAGUCCCCUAUUGAAUGUUUGCUGAGUGUGAGAUAAUGACAACCAGAUGUGGUAAUGUUUAUAUUACCUCCUGACUUAUGGAGAGUCCGUGGAUGCAAUGUCACAUGAGUGUAACGUGAUUAAUAGUAAGACAGAUUCCAUGAGGGGACUGGCGCCCUUGGGGUGGACCCCUGGGGGCUCCAUCCAUCCAUCCCUUUGCAGAGAGACAAAUAUGGUCUGUCAGUGUUGCUGACUGAAGCCUGAUGAGUACCAUAUGUAGUAAAAAUAUGAAUUUGGUGUGUGUGUGUGAGUGUGUGUGUGUGUGUGUGUGUGUGUGUGUGUGUGUGUGUGUGUGUGGGGACCGUGGGGGUACAUCCCGCACCCCCCUCCCAUCUUUCCCCGCCAAGCGUGCCUAUAUAUUUCUGGGGGUUUGAACCUGAGCACCACAUUGUUGGAGCUUGGGGUAUCAGAGUCUUGGGUUGUGGAGCUUCAGACUGCUGCAUCUUCGUCCAGCAGGGAACCACAUCCGACCUCCGAGGAAGACUGACUUCUCUACAUCAUGGGGAGCACCUGCAUAUCAGGGGUAACACUGGGAGACAGUGAGGGUCUGACAGUGGAAAGAUCGCCUUCAAAUCAGGACCAACUCAUCAUUGACCUCACCACCCCACCAGCCUCCCCCACCCCUACGAGGUCUUCGCCCGCAUUCGGCUCUCUCUGGACUCCAGCUGCCCCUCCACCAUCACCGAGUACUGGGCCAUCUCAUGCAUUCAGCUCUCUUUGGACUCCACACACUGUUGGCGCUGAUCGAAUUGCGGUUGUUCCACCAUCAAGAUUGAACGAUCCUGAAAGAGAGGAAGAGGCUUCAGGAGUUGCAUCUGGGGUUGACUGCGAAGAGGAAGGAGGACAGCAAGCCUCUGCAGAAGACCGGAGCGAAGAUGUGCGCGGUGAUUAAGGCUUCCAGAAAUCGUAGAAAUCUUCCAACAAAUCUUCCCUCUUCUUAUCUCCCGCGAUGUAAGCUGCAGUGAUCUCUUCAACCUUUUCCAGAAUGUGAUCUUCUUCCCUCAGAUCAUAAAGGAAAGCGUCAGCUGCGCCUUCCACUCUAGCCUCCACGAUAUCCAACCCGAUUUUCUCCAGGGUGUGCUUGAGAGCCGGAAGAAAUUCCCAGGACAGCAAGUCCACUACUAACUCUUCAAAGUGAGCAUAAAAAUAUCCGCGACCUGGAGGGUACAGACAGGCGUGUUGAAUUUGACUCGGGUGAUGUAUUUGACAGCCAUAGCAGUUUUUUUUCAUAUGGCGUACCACAACUGCUUUCACCGCUGUAGCCACACAAGCUUUUACAAUAUCCAGGAAAUCCCCACUCGUUGACAAUCGAGACUGUGGCAGAGGUGACCCAGGCAUGCCGUUGAAGAGAGUGGGCCCGGUGUACACUCUAGCAGGCCGAGGCAGAGAUGUCCCUGGCAGCGAGUUGAAGAGAGUGGGUGGAGUGUAGACUUUACCAGGGCGUGGGAGAGGUGUCCCCGGCGGGAGGGCAAAGAGAGUGGGCCCGGUGUAGACUCCAGCCGGAGGUGGGUCUUCAAAGCUCUUAUACUCCUCGCCCCAGUAUGAGCAGUACGGUGGAGGACCGCAUGGUACAUCCCCCGCAACGCCCGCCUUGUGGAGAGAGUCUGCAGAACACGUGCCACCAUACGCCGAGCUUAUGAAUCCUUCAGCACGAUCGUUCGGCAUCUCCGCUUCUUCUUCUUCGGUUUUACACUCCGUGUAAGGGGGCGAAUCAACCCCCCGACAUCCUCGGAAAAUCGGUUGAUACACCCGAGUAUCUCCUGAAGACUCUUGAGAAAGGUCCGGCAGCAGGCUGAGAAGUUCUUCAUCGAGAAGAUCUUGUCCAGGUGAGUCCGUUGCGUUGACUGAAAAAUCUGACAUGGUGCAGCGUAUGAGUAUAGCACUCCGACUAUUUGCCCUUCAAGCGUUCAAGUAUAUA